UGUCUGUCAAAAGUCGGUCAAGAUAUUGAAUGCCAAAUUUAUUUUCUCAACUGGAAAUUGGAUUUCACUGAAAGUGUUAAGUGGUUUUCAGCAGCGGCAAGGAGCACCGAGACGACGUAUUACAAAAAUUUCAUCCAGCAGAAACUUUGCACACUUGAACGACAUGGCCGAUAUGCCCGACCUCGAGAGCCACGAGUCCAUCGACGAACAGGAGGAAAUCGAAGCAACCAUGAACGCGGCGGUUCCAAAAAUACCCAUAGCCACCGGGUCCCUGAAGCCCGGACCUGCAGCUCCCGAGACGGCGGCUACCUCCGGCAAGGGUGAGAAGCCGGAGAUCAAGGCGGAACCGCCUUCCAACUCCUAUGUGAAGGGCCUCGAGAAGGACUCGAAGGACGGGGAAUCCCCCAAGAAACCCGACUCUGAUAAGCAGGUCAGUGUUACGCCUGAGCUGAAGGAACAACCGCAAGCUCUUCGCCAAUCCGGGGAUCAGAAUAACACUCGUCAGCUGGGCAAAGACAUGGGCCUGGAGGAACAUGCUCCUCCGGAAGCUCUUCGUCAAUCCGGGGAUCAGAAUAACACCCGUCAGCUGGGCGGAGACAUGGGCUUGGAGGAACAAGCCCCACCGCAAGCUCUUCCCCAGUCCGGGGAUCAGAAUAACGCCCGUCAGCUGGGCGAAGACAUGGGCCUGGAGGAACAAGCUACUCCGGAAGCUCUUCCCCAAUCCGAGGAUCAGAACAACACCCGUCAGCUGGGCGAAGACUUGGGCCUGGAGGAACAAGCUCCUCCCGAAGCUCUUCGCCAAUCCGAGGAGGAACAAAAACAAUCUGAGGGAAAUUCCUUGCCAAAGCGCAAAUAUCAGGAUACGGACAACGAUUCGCUCGCUACACCGGCCAAGAAACCAAAGCUAAUGGAUCCAUAAGACAAGGACCAGGAGAUAGUCAUCGCCAAACUCCUGCUCGCCUUGACAAAGAUGUGGAUCCUUCUCAAACUUAAACUAUGCCUAUAAGUCAUCUCUACGCCACGCCAGUACUCCCCUUACCUGACAAAUCACCACAAUUAUUACACUUUAAAUAAAAAAACGGACAGUUCUUUGUC